CAAACACUGCGGCGUCCCCGGGGCGGGGCCCGGGAGCGGCCGCCCUCUGUCUCGACGUGGCACAGCCUUCCGCCAUAUUGACAGCGUCAGCGGUGCCGGUUACUGCAGUAACGCCGGCCGAAAGGGCUCCGAGUCGGGGAGUGUCGCAGAUAUAAGUUUGCCAGGUAACAAUGGCAACUUUUAUAGAGUUCAUCCAACAAAAUGAAGAUCGGGAUGGUGUUCGGUUAAGCUGGAAUGUUUGGCCUUCAAGCCGUUUGGAAGCAACCAGAAUGGUUGUUCCUCUGGGUACCCUGUUUACUCCAUUAAAAGAGCGACCUGACUUACCUCCCAUUCAGUAUGAACCUGUACUUUGCAGUAGAGCAACCUGCCGUGCAGUCUUGAAUCCAUUAUGUCAGGUGGAUUAUAAAGCAAAGUUGUGGGCUUGUAAUUUCUGCUAUCAGAGAAAUCAGUUUCCACCUUCCUAUUCUGGGAUAUCUGAAAUGAACCAACCAGCAGAGCUUCUACCACAAUUUUCAACAAUUGAGUAUGUGGUUCAGCGUGGCCCUCAGAUGCCUUUGAUCUUUCUUUAUGUUGUGGAUACUUGCAUAGAGGAUGAAGAUUUGCAAGCCUUGAAAGAAUCCAUGCAAAUGUCCUUGAGCCUUCUGCCACCUACAGCUUUGGUUGGUCUUAUUACAUUUGGCAGAAUGGUACAGGUUCAUGAGCUUGGUUGUGAGGGUAUAUCUAAAAGUUAUGUCUUCAGAGGUACAAAGGAUCUAACAGCAAAGCAGCUGCAGGACAUGUUGGGCUUAACCAAACCAUUAGGUGCCCAAGCAGGGCGUGGACCUCAGGUUCAGCAGCCUCCUCCAUCCAACAGAUUUUUGCAACCUGUUCAAAAAAUUGACAUGAACUUGACUGAUCUUUUGGGAGAACUACAACAUGAUCCUUGGCCUGUACCACAAGGGAAAAGACCACUGAGAUCAACUGGGGUUGCUCUGUCCAUUGCUGUUGGUCUAUUAGAGUGUACUUUUCCCAACACUGGAGGUCGUGUGAUGUUGUUCAUUGGGGGACCGGCCACACAAGGACCUGGAAUGGUUGUGGGUGAUGAUCUAAAGACACCUAUCAGGUCUUGGCAUGACAUUGAGAAAGACAACAUCAAAUACAUGAAGAAAGCCAUGAAGCACUAUGAAGCAUUGUCAAAUAGAGCGGCAGCAAAUGGCCACGUUAUUGAUAUCUAUGCCUGUGCAUUGGAUCAGACUGGGCUCAACGAAAUGAAGUGCUGCCCAAAUCAUACGGGAGGCUACAUGGUGAUGGGGGAUUCGUUCAACACAUCUCUAUUUAAGCAAACCUUCCAACGAGUGUUUACGAAAGAUAUUCAGGGGCAAUUUAAAAUGGCUUUUGGAGGCACACUAGAAAUUAAGACAUCAAGGGAAAUCAAGAUUUCUGGAGCUAUUGGACCCUGCAUAUCACUUUGUGCUAAAGGACCCUGUGUUUCAGAAAAUGAAAUUGGAACAGGUGGUACCUGCCAAUGGAAGAUCUGUGGUCUGGACCACAAUACAACUCUUGGUAUCUACUUUGAGGUUGUGAAUCAGCACAAUGCUCCAAUUCCCCAAGGUGGUCGUGGUGCUAUUCAGUUUGUGACACAGUAUCAGCAUUCUAGUGGACAAAGACGAAUCAGAGUGACAACAAUUGCCAGAAACUGGGCUGAUGCACAGACACACAUCCAGAACAUUGCUGCAUCCUUUGAUCAGGAAGCUGCAGCUGUUCUAAUGGCAAGAUUGGCCGUUUACAGAGCAGAGACCGAGGAGGGACCGGAUGUUCUGAGAUGGUUAGACAGACAACUUAUCCGACUGUGUCAGAAAUUUGGAGAUUACCACAAGGAUGAUCCAGCCUCUUUCAAAUUCUCGGAAACAUUUUCGUUAUAUCCACAGUUUAUGUUUCAUCUGAGACGUUCUCCAUUCUUGCAAGUUUUUAACAACAGCCCUGAUGAGAGCUCUUACUACCGUCACCAUUUCAUGCGCCAGGAUCUUACACAGUCUCUUAUUAUGAUUCAACCGAUCCUAUAUGCUUAUUCAUUUAAUGGCCCUCCAGAGCCUGUCCUUCUAGAUAGCAGCAGCAUACUUCCUGAUCGAAUUCUUCUUAUGGACACAUUCUUUCAGAUCCUAAUCUAUCAUGGAGAGACCAUUGCUCAAUGGCGCAAGGCUGGUUAUCAUGAUAUGCCUGAAUAUGAAAAUUUUCGACAUCUGCUACAAGCACCAGUAGAUGAUGCUCAGGAGAUAUUGCACAGCAGAUUUCCAAUGCCUCGCUAUGUUGAUACUGAACAUGGAGGGAGUCAGGCUCGUUUCUUGUUGUCCAAAGUAAAUCCUUCACAGACCCACAACAAUAUGUAUGCAUGGGGACAGGAGGCUGGAGCACCAAUCCUCACAGAUGAUGUCAGCUUGCAAGUAUUCAUGGAUCAUCUAAAGAAGCUAGCAGUUUCUAGUGCUACCUGAGUGUAGAAUGGUGGUGAAUUAAUGUGAGCCAUGCAGUGAACAAAAAGAGAAUUAGCAAACUGUUCAGAUCAGAUUAUAUUAUGCAUUUACAUCUGUACUUCUUGCCUUUUGACAGAACAAAUUUAUAUUGAAUUGAUAAUAGACCAAAGGAGGUCUUGUGAAUUGCUUAACUUGGUUAGAUAUAUUAUUGCUUUUGUCCUGCCCUGUAUAAAGGCAUAGUGUAUAAGUUGUGCAUCUAUACACACAAUGAAAAGGACUGACCCCAGAGUUUCUAAUUUCUGCCUUGAAGGAACAAAUAUCCACAACAGUAUUUUUAUGUAUUUUAUUUGCUGUUUUUCUAAUUAACACAGUACAACCUCUUAUAAAACUCAUUAUCACUAAACUUGUAAAUUUGGUGGAAAGCUUUGACUUUGAAGAAUUAUUUGGACUUUACAAAGAAUAGAGUACAAAUUUGUCCUAAAAUUCAAAAGUCUCAAUUUCCACAAAAUUUCGGCUUCAGUUUUAAAUAGCUCUGAUGUAUGUUAUAUAGCAUUAGGAAUACAAUAUUUCAAAUAAAACAAAAUUGUUUAAAAUAUGCUUACUCACUUACUUUAUCUUAUGUAGACUUCCUUUGUGAAACAUUUUUGGUACUUAUCACUAUUGGCUUUAAUUUUAUUUACUUCAUGGUGCAGAUGUAUAAUUUGAAUGAAAAUUGCACAGAUCCACAUGGUAUCUUUAUGAUUUGUCACUUUAUUACACAAACAUUUGAAUCAUUAAUAUAUUAGAUUGGAUACUAAUGGGAUGUCAACGCUAAUGUGAACAUUUCUCCAGCGUCUUAUUGUCCAGUUGAUGGUCACAAAACCACAAGAAUCUGAGAUAGUCUUGAUGAUCCUCUCUCUAGGAAGCUGUGGAACAUUUGUUUGAUGUCUCAUCACCGUGACGGAAUCAGUUCUGAAGCGUGUGAGGACCACAAGCAGACCAUUGUUGAGGUCUGGACUCUACACAAAGACAUUUGUCAGUGAUAAACCUUUGAACUGCACACUUAAAUCAAAGAUGAUUCAUAUUUGUGUAGGUAUCUGGGGGUGGUAAACACCAAAGCUGGGCAAAUACCAGUUUUCUUUCUGGAAUCUGGCGAUGGUGCUAACUCAGCUAAAUUGCUCCUGAAGAAUCUCUCAGUGCAAUGGUCUUUCUCAGGGUGCUUAGUUUGCUUAUCUAUAAUCUUCUCUUUCACAUAGAUUCUAUUCUCACAGAAUCUGAAAUAACUUGGGCUGCCCAUUCUUCAGGAUAUUAGUUUUAAAAAUGUUGACAGUGAGCUGAAGAACACCAUUGAGGCAGAGCACCCACUAUGAUCCAGCCUAGGUCCACUCGUUGGACAUAAACUGUAUUGUGCCAACCAUCCAGCUGUUCACAUACCAUAUGUGCACCUAUGAUAUCUCUCAAUCAACAGGAAAAUUACUCAGCAGAAGAGUCAAGUGGGGGAAUCUUGCCAGCUAUGCCCUUAAGAAGUGAAUGGCUGCCUGCUUCUUCAGGAGCUGGGACCUCAAGGCUGUUUAUGGGAGUAUGGUUGCACUCAAUGAUGGUUGGGGAGGGUAAGCAGGCAUAACAAAUCCACUGGAUCCAGCAACUUUGGAUGUUACGGAACUAGUCUUUAGUGUGUACAGUGAAACAGAACUCUGAAUACCAAAUAUGUCACAGAAUGCUGAUUUUUGCCAAAGACGCAUUGCUUUGAUCAUCUAAAUCAUAUAUGCCUUUCUUUGUGCUGAGGAUAUCCUUUUGGGUAGAUACUGUCCAGGCAUAUUUUAAGCAGGAUUCUCCUUUGAAGCCUUUCCUGAAAAACUCUCUGUUUGAAGAAGUAGCUACAUCUGAUGGAUACUCAGCUGGCUUCCUGUUGGCUCUGCUGCGGGUGUGCUGGAAUCAGUAGUAGCCCAAGGUGUUGGCCCUGAAUGAAGUGCUGAUGUGUGCUGGUCACUGUUGUACUCGGUGCAGUGUUUGAUAGCUUUACAGUCUUUUGCUUGGUGCUCUGUUGAAGCACAACAUUUGAAACAUAUCGAGUGUUCCUUUAGAAAGCGCCUGCUUUAAGUGUUUUUUCUCUGAAUUCUCCAUGUUUCCUUAAGGGGUGAUGUUUCUUAUGGACUGGGUAUUGUUAUUGGGAUUCAGAGUUUUCUACUUCACUUUUGUUGACAGUGAAAGGGUUUUGGUCUUCCAUGCUUCUGCUGGAUACCUCUCUUUGAAUGAGUUAUUGCCAUAAAUUGAGAACAGAAACUUGGGUCAUUUUGCAUUUCUGUGUGGUGGCAGAUGAAUCCCACAAAGAAUGAAAGUGGUGAUUUGGUGACAUGAUGCUUCGUUUCAUACGUGAACCCUUCAGUUAUCCGCUUUUCUUGCAUGUUAUUGUAUAGUUUCUCUUCUACAAAUUCUACACCUCUUGCAUUGUCCAAGAAUCUCAGUCCCAAUAGGUAACCCUCGUUUGUUGUGGCCUUAAGUUCCAACAACAAACAUGCAAGCUUUAGUAGCUCCUGUGGUUCGUUGUGUGAGAGCUUUGGAAAAUUAUUGAGUCUACUGAUCAAGAUUAUUCAAUUGCCUCUGGAGAACCAUAGCCUUUGUCCAGCCUCUGUCACAGCAUUUGUAACCCCAUAGCUGGAUUAUUAAUGUGAACCACUCUAACCCUUCUUGUAAGCUGCAGUGAAUCCCCAUCAAGCCACUUGCAGAGACAAUCUAGCUCUUCACUAGGUUUGAGACUUAGUCCCUCCACAGCAUUGCAAAAGCUCAACUCCCAGGACAGAUGACUGGCAGACUGGUUGUCAAAUACUUUUAGCCCUGCUAUGAGUAGGUCUUCAGCAAGAUACAGAGCCAAAUCUUAUGCACUUGUAGCUCCUGAAUGAGGAUAUUGUGGAGACUGAUUUGCCAAAUGUGCACCUUGGCAUAGAUGGAUGUUCAGUCUGUCUAUGUCUAUGUGAAUGGAGUUGGUAUUGGUAGCAACUCUUGCCUGAGGUUUUUUUUUGUGAUGAAAUUGCAGAAGGAGGUGUUGUGUUUCUUUGCUGCUGUAGCCUUUGUCAAUAUCUGAACUAUGUGAAAGGUACUUUUGCUGCAUUGUGUGCUGUGGAAAGCUUCUCCUUGUACAGCACUGUCACUUUUAUAGCCAAUAUGCGUUUGGAUAUAUUCUUUAGUAAGCUGCAUUCAUUGGCUGUUAUGACAGCAAAGUAUGACUGAUUCUAGUUAUAGACUAAUUAUUGUCUAAGUCAUCUGCUGCUUCAUGCACCUUUGCCUCUGUUGAGGUAGCCUCAGCUUUGCAUUCUUCCCUGAGUGCACUUACGUAGCCUCUAUAUACCCUCUCCAUGUCUAUUCAAGCUUUCACCAUUUGCAUCUCAACUUUGUGCUUAGCAUAAAGAGAAGAUGGAGAUAGAUGUUUUUCCACCAUGUGCUUGAAGUUGAAUCCAAAUUACCCAAAGGAAGUAAUGUUUAAACAAAACAAACUGUACCUCCAGAACAUCUACCCUUCAAAAAUGUGAAUCAGUUGUGAUAAUGCAUAUUACAUUUUUGGGCAUUAAAAUCAUUUUGUUAAUUUAUUCACCUACUUGAUAUAACUAAUUCAUUUUUCAUUCAUUGAAGUGUAAGGUGGUUUCUUUUUCUUUGUUGCUGUGUAUGUUAAUCAAAAUGGCUUCUUUGUCUUGUUAAAAUUAGGAAUGCUUCUUUGUUAUGAUAAGUGCUUUCUCUCGCAGUUUAUUUGGGUUAAAAUUACUGAUAAUGUGAAUUGUAUUUGUUAACCAAUUUGGAUUAAUGUUAUUCUUUCUUUUGGGUCUGUAAACUAUUGUUGGCGGGCAUUUUGGGGAGUUGGUGAGAGAGCGAGGACGGGAUGCUGUAAGCUGGGCGACGGAACGAACCUCAAGUGGGGGCUCGAGGCCAGGCAGUUCGGUGAGGAGAGGAGACGAGGAUGGAUGUGCUUGGUUGAUCACUUUGGGUGGCCCUGAGCUACGAGUCAAGGAGUUUGGAGGGGAUCGAAUGGUGGCCAGAAGACUUUGUUAAUUGAGCUCCAACGGUUGUGCACUAAGUGGUUUGGACUUUGAUAAAUUUUGGCGCCUUUUCUUUAUUUUCUUUUCCUUCAUAUAUACUGUAUUGUUAUUAAUCACUUAGUUCUAGUAAGAUCUAUAAAGUGUAAUCAUUUAAUCACA